UAGCGCAGGCUUGCAGGCCGACCAGUCUCUCCUCCGCCCGCUUCCCACCGAGCUCGCCACUGCACACUCCCCCACUCGGCCACUACCCAGCAGUAGCAGCAGCCUUGCGAGCUCACGGGAGGCCGCGAGGCCCCCUGCACCCCCUGCAUUCUCCCCGUAUUCGCGGAUCGCCCCUCGCCGCAGCAGGCGUGUGGGGGCAUUUCUGUUAGGGAAAAGGGCGCUCUUGAAUUUUUCGAGAGAGGGGAGGGGGCGAGAGGAAAAAGAAGGCGCCGUUGCUGUCUUCACUUUGCUGGGCGUGGCUGAGCUGAGCGCCUGAGCGGUGGGAGGAGACAGCGUGCUGCGGCCGCGAGUGUGGGGAGCGCAUGGCGAGGGCGCGCGGCGGCGGCCCCGCGUCGUGGGUGGUGGCUGUUGCGGCGGCGUGGGUGCUGUGGAUGGCCACGGCGGCGGAGGCCAGGUCGCCGGCGGGGAGGGUGCACCGGCACCUCAAGCGGCUCAACAAGCCGGCCGUCAAGAGCAUCGAGAGCCCAGAUGGAGACAUCAUCGACUGCGUGCCCAUCUCCCACCAACCAGCCUUCGACCAUCCUCUCCUCAAGAACCACACAAUACAGUUUAGGCCGGCCUACCACCCUGAAGGUCUAUAUGAUGAUGUCAAGAGCAGCAUAGGCUCGAACAAUGCCAGAGAGAAGCCAAUGCUCCAAAUGUGGCAUCGAAAUGGCAGAUGUCCAGAGGGCACGGUUCCAAUCAGGAGAACCAAGAAGGAUGACCUGCUCCGAGCGAGCUCCAUGAAGCGCUAUGGCAGGAAGCGGCAUACUGCUCCGAACCCACUGUCUGUUGAUCCUAACAUGCUCAGUGAGGGUGGUCACCAACACGCGAUAGCGUACGUUGAGGGUGACAAGUACUACGGUGCGAAGGCCACAAUUAAUGUGUGGGAGCCCAAGAUUCAGCAGGCUAACGAAUUUAGCCUGUCCCAGCUCUGGAUCUUGGGGGGUUCAUUUGGGGAGGAUCUCAACAGCAUAGAGGCUGGUUGGCAGGUUAGCCCUGACCUCUAUGGAGACAACAACACUAGGCUGUUCACAUACUGGACUAGCGAUGCAUACCAGGCAACAGGGUGCUACAACAUCUUGUGCUCGGGGUUCAUUCAGAUCAACAGCGAGAUCGCCAUGGGGGCGAGCAUCUUCCCCAUCUCGAACUACGCUGGCUCCCAGUACGAUAUCAGCAUCCUGAUCUGGAAGGACCCAAAGGAAGGCAACUGGUGGAUGCAGUUUGGCAAGGAGUAUGUCCUCGGCUACUGGCCAUCCUUCCUCUUCUCCUACCUUGCCGACAGUGCUUCGAUGAUCGAGUGGGGUGGUGAGGUGGUGAACUCGGAGCCUGAUGGUGCGCACACAACGACCCAGAUGGGCAGCGGGCACUUCCCCGAGGAAGGGUUCAGCAAGGCGAGCUACUUCAAGAACAUUCAGGUGGUGGACAGCAGCAACCAGCUGAGUGCCCCAAAGGGGGUGGGCACCUUCACCGAGCAGUCCAACUGCUAUGACGUUCAGAACGGUAACAAUGGCGACUGGGGCACCUAUUUCUACUACGGUGGCCCUGGCAAGAAUUCAAAUUGCCCAUGACUACUUCUAGUGUGUAGUGUGAGUGCUGUCACCAUGAAAAAAAUGUAACCAAGCAUUCAAGUGUGCAAUACAGCGUUGAUCUGCAUCUUGUUCCCUCCUAGGUAGUGUGUAACAUGUGCAUGUGCCUUAGACCCUAGUGAUUUUUUUUUCCAUCUUUUUUUUCUCCCAUGUGCCAUGUAAAGUUUCUGAAGAGAAGAAGCAUGGGCUGGUGAGUGACCUCUCGGAUUUUGCACUGUCACCUUCACCAAGUAUUUUGAAUGUGUGCUAUAUAGCUUAUUGGCUGAUGGUAAUGGUAUUGAGCUUAUUGCA